ACGNGGUGAUCGCAUCCCCGCUGCUCGUCUUCACAAGUUCUCCUCAACCCGCAACCAAGCCUUUUAUCAGUAAAAAUGGAGCGUACCUUCAUUGCUGUGAAGCCCGAUGGCGUCCAGAGAGGACUCUGCGGCGAGAUCAUUAAGCGUUUCGAGCACAGAGGCUUCAGGCUGGUGGCUGCCAAAUUCAUUCAGGCCUCUGAGGACUUCAUGAAGCAGCACUACCUGGACCUGAAGGACAUGCCUUUCUAUGGUGGACUUUGCAAGUACAUGUCCUCCGGACCCAUCCUCGCCAUGGUGUGGGAGGGUCAGAGCAUUGUGAAGCUGGUCAGGAUGAUGCUGGGUGAGACCAACCCCGCUGAUUCCAAGCCUGGCAGCAUCCGUGGAGACCUGUGCAUCAACAUCGGCAGGAACAUCAUCCACGGCAGCGACACCCUGGAGAAUGCCAAGCGUGAGGUCGAACUGUGGUUCAAGGCUGAGGAGUUCGUCAGCUACACCCCCUGCACCCAGGCCUUCCUGUAUGAGUAAACUGGCCAAUCAUCAACCAGUAAUCUACACCCAACUGGACCCCACCCACCCCACUGACCCCAUCCCUGUCACACCUGUUCUCCCUGUCCUUCCUGCAGUUGAUCUUCUAACUUGGUCUUCACCUAAAAGUCCAAAGCAUGUAGCACUUACCAAUAAAGUCUCAUGUUAACAACAA